CGUAACUGCACCCUGGGACAGCCCAGAGGCUCUCCGGCGAGUUCCUCAAAUGUCUUCCUGCGCUGUUUCCAGGACGGUCCUCUGCUCUGAGUCAUGUCCAAGUGGGAAGUCGCACUGACACCGAAUUGGGCAGAGCGCGGCGCAGAGUCGAGAGCCGCAUAGCGAGAGCUCGGAGGGAGCCCGCGCGGCUGGCGGCCGCCCCGGGCGCCGGAGCCCGCCGCCGCGCCGCCCUGCCCCGCAGUCCUCUGCGACGCCGAGAGGAAGAUGCUGGCCGCCGGCUGCGUGCUGCUGGCCGCCUUGCUGGCCGCGCCGGGAGAGGCGUGGGUUUGCACCGAGCCGGACCUGCCACGAGACGUGCUGACCAGCCUGCCGGGGGCCAGUGUCUCCCUGUCCUGCCCUGCGAAAGACCUCAGAGACAAUGCCACUGUCCAUUGGAUGGUCACCAACACACACCAAAGAUGGGCCGGUGUGGGACCGAGGUUGCUGCUGAGGUCAGUGCAGUUCAGCGAUUCUGGCAACUACUCAUGCUACGUGAACGGGCACCAGGCCGGGACCGUGCGUCUGCUGGUGGAAGCUCCUCCGGAGGAGCCAAAGCUCUCCUGUUGGCGGAAGAGCCUCCUGAGCAGUGUUACCUGUGAGUGGAGCCCUCGGAGUGCCCCAUCCCUGACGACCAAGGUGGUGCUGUGUGUGAGGAAGCUCCAGACAGACCCUACGGAAGAAUUCCAGGAACGGUGCCUGUAUUCUGGGAAGUCCCAGAAGUUCUCCUGCCAGUUGCCGGUCCCCGAGGGAGACACAUCUAUCCAUAUAGUGUUUCUGUGUGUGGUCAACAGUGCUGGAAGCAGGAUCAGUAGCAGGGAGAUGCUGCAGAUCAAUAACAUCUUGAAGCCCGACCCACCUGCCAACAUCAUUGUCACUGCUGUGGUGGGAAACGCCCAAUGGCUCAAUGUCACCUGGAAGGACCCCCACUCCUGGAACUCAGACUUCUACAGGCUCCGCUUUGAACUCCGAUACCGGGCUGAACGGUCAGAGACAUUCACGACCUGGACUAUGCAGCACCCGCAGCACCAAUGCAUCAUCUCGGACGCCUGGCGUGGCCACAGGCAUGUGGUGCAGCUCCGGGCCCAGGAGGAGUUCGGGAUCGGCUCCUGGAGUGAGUGGAGCUCUGAGGCCAGAGGAACCCCCUGGUCAGAACUCAGGACCUCCCCAGCUGUGCCCCACAUCACAGAGGUGCAUACUACUGAUGAAGAGGACAGUAAUCACCAAGUUUCUCCAUUAGCAACAAGCCUGCCAGUGCAAGAUUCUUCCUCAGCACCACUGCCUGCGUUCCUGGUGGCUGGAGGAAGCCUGGCUUUCGGAUCUCUCCUCUGCAUUGGCCUCAUCCUGAGGUUAAAGAGGACCUGGAAGUCACGGUCUCUCCAGGAGUGCAAGCCGAGUGUGCACCCACCGUAUCCCCUGGGGCAGCCCAGGCCCACCAUUGUGCUUGUUCCUCUACUCUCCCCUCCAGUGUCUCCCAGCAGCCUCGGAUCCGACAACACCUUGAGCCAAAACCGACCCGAUGCCAAGGACCCACAAAGUCCUUACGACAUCAGCAACAGAGACUACUUCUUCUCCAGAUAGCUGUCUGGGCGGCACCUGGCAGCCGGCUGUCAGACACUGGACGGCUGGCACGAUGGAAGAUAGUCUCACUGCCAUCCCACACAUCUCAGGGCGGGGCCUGUGGCUUCCCUGUUGCAGAAGAGCCUCGGGAGGGGACACUUUGACACUGGGGGAGGUCAGUGUGUUGCAUCCGUCCAGAGGGAAGAAAGAAGUGGUUGAAUUCUCAAGCCUCCCUUCCCAAAUGCUCUGCUUAAAAGAGACUAAAAGGAGCUCAGGCCAACACAGAGAGCUGAGGAGAGACACUGUGGGUGUGAAGAGCUUCUGGUCACCCGCAUCCAACUCAAACUCCCAAGUACAACCUGGGGCAGAUGAGCUGGGUUUCCAGCUAAGCUGUCCCCUUUGUGCAUUCCUGGCCGCUGUACUUAGGGCUUCUUCUAGCUCUGGAAGCCCAAGUGCCUUUGCCAUUCUGUUUUUCUCUAGGCCUGUGAGGGCUUUGUGUAAACCGUAGGAGCUGAAGGAGAGAACUCUUUCCCGCCUUUCUUCUUACACUUGAACAAGAGCUUGGGGUGGGAAGGCAGGUUGUAGUGAAUAGUAUCUCAGGACCUGAUGGUUUAAGUGGAAUUUAAUUAGUUCCUCAUGAUCUUUGCUUAAUGUGAAUGAUACUUAAUCCUAGGCAUUUGAUGACUCUGGAGUGCCGCACUGGCUUGAUCGCAUCUCAGGGUUUCAGGAGGAAAGAAGCAGAGAGGGAAGAGGGAGAGAGACAGGGUCUCCAUGGUCCUGGUCAUGGUUGAGGGAACCAAAGCUCUGAAAGCCAUGUUCUCUACCCCAAGGAGGGCUGGCAGCAGGAGGGCCGCUGCCAGGGCUGAGAGUAGAAUGUUGCAUGAAGUUGGUCAACUCUGGGGUCCACUGGGCCUGAGUAACUAGAAAAGAACUUGUUCAUGUGGAAAAAAACAAAAAACGGCAAGAAUGUACUUUAAUUUUUUUUAAAUGCUAUUUUCUCUUGAGACGUGGGAAGACCUAAUAUUCUCUGGGUGUCAGUAUAUAAAUAGCUUGGGGUUGGGGAAGCAUGAUAACUUUGUUUAGCAUAAAACCAAGUUAAGUGAAAAGGGAGGAGGAGGAGAAAACUUUUUCCCCUACUAGAGAAGAGAUUCUGGUUUCAGUCCGUAUUUUGUUUUUGCCGUACAAAGUGCCAAAAUAGGCUGGUGCUCCUGGGGUUGAGGGGAAAGACAGAUGCGGCUGCUGCUCUGGGUGGGAGUGAAGGAACGGGUGACUCUUUCCCGCCUUGAGUGUCUCCUAUGGUUACAGGGCACGGUCCUGAAAUUCCCCACCCCUGCCGCCUCGCCCUGUUAUCAGAGGGGAAAUUCAUUUAAGAAAAUCCCGUAGGUCAGUGCCUUCCUCCUUUCACUUCAUUCUUUGUGCUGAAUUCAGUCCGGCUAGGACAGAAGCGCUCACCAAGCAUGUGGGUGUGAUGCUGACUAACACCUCAGCUGACAUCUGUCCAGGGUCGGGAUGUUAGUGGUCACCCAGACAGAUGUCCACACAACACAGCUGUGAUUAAAAUGAGUUGUGCAACCACAGACCCCAAGCUUACCAAACCACAAGACUUUUCUUGUAGUUUGCCCUUUGAGAAAAACAUCACUGCCAGCAGACAGGUGGCAAGGGAUGAAAGCCACUGUGUCCUAUUUGCUGCUUGCCGCGACCUUGAGCUGGUAGUGAUUUUCAUCGCCGGCUUUGACUGUACAGGUUAGACCCUGUGGCUGAUCUAGGUGCCGUAUGCUAAGUUGACGAAAGUUAAGCAAGUAUUCAUGGCCUCUCUACCUCUCCCUGUAAAGCUUUUGGAACUCUUUUAAACUGUGAAAGGAAAAUAUUAGAAAUGAGGACCUUCAUGAGAAAAGGUGAUUCUGCCCCCACGGUUCUUUAAUUCUUGUGCAUGGUUUUACCCACAAGUAACAUUACCAAAACUGGGCAGAGCUGUGCAGGAGGAAGAUUUAAAUCUAGAUAGCUCAUUGUCUCCAGAGCUAGGCAGCUUUGAUCUCCAAAUUGUUAUUACUUUCGUUAUUACUAUACCGGAACUGUCUUUUUUUUUUUGUAUCAAAGAGGGUUUUUUUCCCCUUUAUUUUUAUAAGCUAGUGUCAAUGAAGGACGUCUUUGUCUUCUCUGAACCCAGACCUCGCUUAGGCCGUAAGCUUUCUUGGUCUGCAGGCUGGUAGCUGCACUGUGUUUAACCCCCAGCUCCCCUUUCCUGGGUUUCUGCAGCCCACAAGCUGCCUUGGACCACGUACAGUGUUGUUGCUCACUUGAAACCUGCAGCCAUUGGCCACGCAGCCACAUGGGACAUGUUAGGACAGAGACCAUUUAGAUUGGACACCAAAACCCAUUCUGUGGGGUAGGAAAAGUCAGAGAUAUGCUGGAGCAAGGUCUAUGCCAAAGUGACAAUUCGUUCUGGUAGCAUUAAUGAAAUGUUUUGAGAUUUCAAGGGCGUAGCUGUGGCUGUGCAUACAUGUCCUGUGUGAGUGAGAGCAUGGUGCCCUUGAGGUUUGUUUGCUGAGCUCUGAGCUCAUGCUGAGUCUCCACCUUUUCCUUGCUGUCUUGGGAGAAAGGGAACAGGUCACCAAGACAAGUUGUAGCAUCUAUGCAGGAGCCGGAUUGGAGGGAUGUGGUGGUGAGCAGAGCCUGGUGGGCAGGCUGGGACUGGCUGUGGCUUGUGGGUUUGCCGAAGACUGCUCAGGAAUGUCUCGCCCGACUGCUUUGGCGCUGAGCUGUACAAUCUCACAUAGGGCCUGAGGCUGAGCCAGCUGAGGAGGAGACUCGGUCAGGUGGAGCAAUGUGUCUCAUUGUGGGCAGCGGGGCAGAGCCAUCCACAGCCCUUUCCCAUGCAGCAGUCCACAGUGGGCCAUGCUGGAGGGGGCAAGCCAGUGGCUCAGGGCCUGAGUGCCAGUGCUCCUGAGUGGCCCCAAAAGAUCUUUCCUGCUUUGAGUUCCCAGUAUGGCUUAGCACCAGUGGUGGGAAGUUUCUAUGGCAACCUUAAUGAUUAUUAAGGAACACUGUCAGUUGUGUGAACAUAUGUUCAGACCAAGAUCCACUUUGGAAAGAAAGGAUUGGAACAGCAUGUAGCAAGGCUGUUAAUUAACAGAGAGACCUUAAUAGAUAGAGAUUACAUCUGUUAAACACAAUACCUCAACUCCACAUUGUUUUUCAGAGACAAAUAAUAGUUUUAAGGGGUUUGCCCACUACUUGUCUGAAAGCAAAUACCCAAAGCUAAUGUCUGUAUAGUCAGUCAGUAUAAAGCUAUAUUUUUAAAAUGCUUUUUCUUUUUUACCAGCUAUUUUGCAUUUUAAAUGAAAAUUGUAAACAUUUGAAAUAAACCAUUUCUAAGAAUGCA